AUGGAAUUUUCGGUCACCGUGGACUUCAGAAUCAAAAUUCCGGAUCUCCAGCAUCGGGAUCUGCGUCUAAAAGCAACAAAUUACAUAGGGAAAAUUGAGAGAAUAUGAUGUUAGGGCCCUUAGCGAUAGAGUUAGCAGUUUAAACCAUAUUUUUUGAAUUUUCGUCUAAUUUUGGUGAUUUCAGUGUCUCCAAACAACGUCGGCCAGGGUUCCGGCCCACGCUCGUGCCCUCCAUCCGAGCGCCAAGCCCAUUCCGCGCAGGCUGAACAACUGCCGGCGGUAAUGGCCCCUCCUCUGGUUGGCCAGCACCCAACCGGCGUCCCAGAGGAGGGUAAAGAGGGGCCAAGCCCAGCAUCUGGCCUCUCUGGCUUCGGCCUAAAUAACGCCCCAACCGUUCAGGCCGAGCACCUGCCGGCGGUUGAGGGCACGGAGAGAUCGAGCUCACCACUCGAUCUCUCCGCCCCCAGCACGUUGCAGUUUUCGCCCGUCUACAGUCCCGGGCACUCAACGUUGCAUGGGGUCCCCUCAAUAAACUCAAUGGAAGUCUUCGAUGAGGGGGAAGACUGGGCGGUGGACGAGACGGUCGAAGACAGAAUCGACCGUCUCGAAUACGAACGAAGACUAUGGAAGACCGAAUGCCGGAAGAUGUGGCAGAGGCAAUCGAAGCUCGAGAAAAAUGUGAGGUACUAUGAAGGGGCGGUUGAAGAGGCCCAAGCUGAAGUCAAGAAGGCCAAAGAUGAAGCGGCCGCCGCAAUCAGAAAAGCGGAAGAAGAAGCCGAAAACAAGAUCAGCGAGCUCCAAAGAAAAUAUUUUGGGGCCCUGACCGAAGCGGACCGUGCUCAGAGGAAGCAAAAGGAGGCAGAAGAAGAAGUCGCCCGUCUCCAACAACGGCUCAUGGACAAUUUGAAAAAGGCCGCUCCUCGUUCACCAAGAAAAGAACGCUCCAGAAGUCCACUGACAACGGCACGGUCACGAACUCCCGACGCCCAGCCAAGUGCCUCGCCGACACCUGAAGCCGAACCAGAGCUUUCACAGCCGUCCUUCGACGUCCAGGCUGUAGAAGAACAACAGCAUGAUGCCCCAGGGCCCCUCCGAAGAAUGCCCAAGUGCAGGAGGCGGUGCUGCCAGCCGCCGCCUCCUGUCAAUCAACCUCCUCGGCCUCCCCGAAGAUCAAGGGAGGCUGAACAACUCGGCCCAAUCAUUGAACCCGUCGUGUUUGACGAAAGGCCCAGGAGGAGGAGCCGCCAGCCUCCAGCCCGACUCGUCGUCGACAUGAUGAGAAGAAGCUACGCAUCAAUGCGGAAUUCCUUGAUGCCUCGUAAGUUUAUUGGCUCUUUUUUUACUCGUUAGGCCAAAACCCUCUGGAAAUAAACCAAGCUGAGGUGUUUUUUGAAGAAAAAAUACAUUAUCCGUAUAUAAUUCUCAAUAAUAUCUGUUUUUUUCAGGUAGAAGGACUCAAAGGCCCAAUGUUCAGGACGAGGCUCCUUGGUUACUUAUGUGAACAACCCAUACUGAAGACAGAGCUCCGCCUUCAGCACCUAAUUACGUAAGUUUUUGGCAGUCACGCCUCAAUAACCUCUAUUUUUCAGUAAUUGGCAAAAAUUCACUCCCAAAAUUAAAAAGAACUUACCAUAAAGCUCUUCGGGGACCAAUCAUCCGUUGUUGACCACAAUACCCCGCCUAUACAUCGUGCAGUUGAUCAGUACGAGAAAAUGUAAGUUCUCUUUUAUUUCCAAAAAAAUAAUUAUUUUUGCGAACUGCGCCCGAAAAAAGAACGUUUGCUUUUUUUGCCAUACGCUGGUGAAUUUCGCGGGUAUAGUAUAAUAUAAUUGUAGAAGAUGGUGGUAGAACUAGCUGUAAAGUCGCGUGUAAACGUCUUUCAGCUUCAUUUUUUUCUGGACCUCCCUGAUUUUACAGUUUUUUUGAGUUUUUCCCCCAUUUAUUGUCUAAAAUAACAUAAAUUUUAUUUAUCCUUUUCUUUUCAGCCAAUGCCAAGUCCAGGAAGGCAUACAACAAAGGUGGAGCACCCUGGCCCCCCGAAUGAGCCCGGGGGGCCUUCGUAAAAUCAAAAAGGGUGCUCACCUUUUGUUUCCGGCCCCGGUGUGGACAUUCUGGUCGAACCGGAGCACCCCGGCCCUCCGCUUCACUCGGGGGGCCUUCUGGAAAAUCACGGGUGCUCGGCAAGACCAGAUAAAGUAAGAUUUUGUUAUUUUUGGACCUUGAUUUAACCUGAAAUAAUACAAUCUAAUUCUAUUUUCAGAUGGAUCAGUCCGAACCGAAGUGGGCACCCUCGCCCCUGA